AUGUUAGCAAUUUUCAACAACAGUAAUACCAACUGUAAAACUCGAUCUCUUGCCGACAACCUGCUAUCCCUCCAUCCUAUCCCUCCAUCCUAUCCCUCUAUCCUAUCCAUUCUAUCCAUCCCUCCAUCAUAUUCCUCCAUCCUACCCAUCCAUCCUAUCCCUCCAUCCUAUCCAUUCUAUCCUAUCUUUCCAUCCUAUCCCUCCAUCCUAUCCAUCCAUCCUAUCCAUUCUAUCCUAUCCAUCCUAUCCUAUCCUCCAUCCCAUCCCUCCAUCCUAUCUAUCCAUCCCAUCCAUUCUAUCCUAUCCCCAUCCAUCCCUCCAUCCCAUCCAUCCAUCCCAUCCCUCCAUCCCAUCCAUCCAUCCCAUCCUCCAUCCCAUCCAUCCAUCCCAUCCAUUCCAUCCCAUCCAUCCAUCCCAUCCAUCCAUCCAUCCCAUCCAUCCCAUCCCAUCCCUCCAUCCCAUCCCUCCAUCAUAUCCCUCCAUCCCAUCCAUCCAUCCCAUCCAUUCUAUCCCAUCCCUCCAUCCUAUCCAUCCAUCCUAUCCCUCCAUCCUAUCCAUCCAUCCUAUCCAUUCUAUCCUAUCCAUCCAUCCUAUCCCUCCAUCCCAUCCAUUCCAUCCUAUCCAUCCCAUCCUAUCCAUCCAUCCCAUCCAUCCAUCAUAUCCAUCCAUCAUCCAUCCCAUCCAUCCCUCCAUCCUAUCCAUCCAUCCUAUCCAUCCAUCCUAUCCCUCCAUCCCAUCCAUCCAUCUAUCCCUCCAUCCCAUCCAUCCAUCCCAUCCAUCCAUAUCCAUCCAUCUAUCCAUCCAUCCUAUCCAUCCUUCCUAUCCCUCCAUCCUAUCCCUCCAUCCUAUCCAUCCAUCCUAUCCCUCCAUCCUAUCCAUUCUAUCCUAUCCAUCCAUCCUAUCCCUCCAUCCUAUCCAUCCAUCCUAUCCAUUCUAUCCUAUCCAUCCUAUCCUAUCCCUCCAUCCUAUCCCUCCAUCCUAUCCAUCCAACCUAUCCCUCCAUCCUAUCCCUCCAUCCUAUCCCUCCAUCCUAUCCAUUCUAUCCAUAAUACCAUAGCGUUGUCCGUAGAUUAA